ACCUGAAUGGGGCGGGGGCAGACGGCGCGCUGCGCGGAGGGAAGCUGAGGGCGUCGAGGCUUCGUCUUGCGCGGUGCGGUGACCACUAUGCUCAGCUUGGGUGCUGCGCUCCAGCGGGCUGCGGAGGAAAGAAUGGAAGUGAUUUCUGAAAAGUGCAGAGAGAGUGUGUACUCCUGGAACAGAACUGCAGAGAAGAGUGACUAUGAGGCCGUGGAGGCACUCAUGACUAUGAGCUGCAGUUGGAAGUCUGAUUUCAAGAAAUAUCUGGAAAACAGACCGGUCACUCCGGCAUCGGACACGUCAGAGGAGGAGGGCCUGCUGCCGGGGACACCUGACUUCCACACAGUCCCCACAUUUUGUCUGACCCCACCCUACAGCCCCUCUGACUUUGAAGCCUCUCAAGUGUCAACCCUGAUGGCACCGGCGCCAUCUGGCGGACAUUGCAAGUCACUGUCAGUCCCUGCCAAGCUCCACAUAGCUGCGCCUUACAAAGAGGAGGAAAAGAGCCCCCCACCCAUCCCCAGACUUCCCAAGGCACAGGCGACAAGUGUGAUACGGCACACAGCUGAUGCCCAGCCCUGCAGCCACCGAGCCUGCCCUGUGAAGACCUCCAGCACCCUCAACUACCAGGAGGGCUCUUUCCAGAGAAGGCCCCACCCGAGUGUUGAGGUUGUGAGGAAAAAUGUGCCCUGCGCGGCUGUGUCUCCCAGCAGAGCCAAGUGUGAGCCUGACACAUUGGCUGCUGCCAGUGACCCGGUGGCCACUGCACCCCGUGAUUCCCCCACGCCUUCCUUGGACGCCAUCCUCUCCAGGGCCUGGCCUGGCCCCUCAUCCCCACAACCCCCAGCAGUGGCCUCUCCACCCACGGUGCCCACGCUGGGGACAUCGCCGCCACUGCCAGUCAUCUGCCAGAUGGUCCCCCUGCCUGCACACAGCCCUGUUGUGACCACUGUUGUGCCCAGCACCCCACCCAGCCAGCCGCCCACCGUCUGCCCGCCAGUGCUGUUCAUGGGCACUCAGGUGCCCAAGGGUGCCGUCAUGUUCGUGGUGCCCCAGCCUGUGGUGCAGAACCCGAAGCCGGCGCUGAGCCCACAUGGCACUAGACUGUCUCCCAUCGCUCCGGCCCCUGGGCUCACCCCCUCCUCGGCCAAGGCAGCACCACAGGUGGACUCCUCCAGGAUCCGGAGCCAUAUCUGUAGCCACCCGGGCUGUGGCAAGACAUACUUCAAAAGCUCCCAUCUGAAGGCGCACGUGAGAACACACACAGGAGAGAAGCCGUUCAGCUGCAGCUGGCAGGGCUGCGAGCGCAGGUUUGCGCGCUCUGACGAGCUGUCCCGGCACCGGCGCACACAUACCGGGGAGAAGAAGUUUGCCUGCCCCCUUUGCGAGCGGCGCUUCAUGCGCAGUGACCACCUGACCAAGCAUGCGCGGCGCCACCUAUCAGCCAAGAAGCUCCCGAACUGGCAGAUGGAGGUGAGCAAGCUCAGCGACACCACUCUGCCGCCGGCACCUGCACCUGCACCUGCACAGUGACACUUGGGACCAUGAGGUCACAACUCACUUUGCCACAAUUGAGCUGGAUGGAGCACCAGGGCUUCUCCAGAUCUGGCCCAUGUGGGGGCUGGAAGCAGGGAUCCAGCCUGGGGCAAAGCCCAGCCUGGGCAGUGGCUGGAAGGGCUGCAGAUACCCGCAGGUCCUAGUGCAGUGUCACUGCUGUCAUGUGAAAGACCAGGAGGCUCUUGCUCCUUUGAGCAAUCAUCUGGGUCUCUAGGGGAGGUCACAGUGCUGCAGUGGUGCAGCUUUGAAUCAGCGAGUGCAUUGGUCACUUUUCCAUGGCCUUGACACCCAAGAAGGGUGUUUGGAUGUGAUCCCUCUGAGCCCCGUUCCGGAACAGAGGCCUCGGUUGACGUUGCGAUACAGAGACGAGCUCAGGCCAGCGGCGUCAGCACAUGCACCCCGCCAGCCUGUGAUCGGCCAUUGCCGCACCCCGGGUUCAGGUGCUUAUUGCAAAGGAUGCCAGCAUCCCGCAGGCCCUAGCCCCUGGGCUGGAGUGGCUCUGUAGAGGGGAAGGGGCCCGGAGUGCUGGGGCCCUCGUUGAUUUAACUGCUUUGAAGUGGAGCUGCAGUUUUUUGCAUUAUUGUUUUGAGAUGACUAUUUAGGCAUUUUAUUAUGCUUUCAACUUUAGUUUGCCUGCAGUUUCUUGUGUGCACCUGAAAAUUGUAUCCCAAUGUGUUUUCUGUAGACUCUCAGAUAAGUUGCACUUUGUUUAGAAAAAAAUCUGAGAUGCGUCCAUUGUGUAAAGAAGGGAUGGCAAGAAUUCUAGGUGACUCCUUUAAAAGGGCCGCAGAGACCAAUAUGGUAAGGUCGUGUGCAUCACGGAAUUGGAAACUAUGAUUCUGUGGGCAAAGUCCUGCCAGCUCUAACUCACAGGAGUUUUUCAGAAAUGUGGAAGGAGCAAGUUGAACAUUUUUAGAACAUUCAAUUUUGUUAGCAGUAUUUCUGUUAUAUUUUGUGGUGUAGUGGGUGAUACACAUAGGGGGGUAAAUUGUUUGGAACACAUGGUGAAAAAUGUCACUAUCUGCACAUUUAAAAUUUUGUCUAUAUGACUGUAGAUUUCUGACAUCAAAAACGCAGACCCUUAGUAGAAUUUUCUGUUAGUUGAAAAUCUGGUGACAAUUUGCACAGUAUUUCUUUUAUUGUACUUGUUUCCAAUAAAAAAAUUCCCUUUGUUAUAUG